CCCCCCCCCCCCAAGCCUACCUUGCAGGGCUGUCGGUGCCAGGAGAGGCUUGUCCUCUGCGCGUAAAGCGCGGAGCCGAGUCCAGCGUGCCUCCUUUUUUCUUUUUUUGCCCUUCUCCUCCCUGGGGAACGAUGACUUCGGCGGCUUGGCGAGAAGCCGCCACGCUGCUGCUGGCGGUGGGCGGCAAGCAGCCCCUUCUUCGCCCGGCCGCUGCUUUCGAUUACCAGGUGCUGCUGCUGCGCCGGAGCGCCCGGACCCCUUUCCUCCCCAGCGCCCAAGUCUUCCCGGGCGGCGUGGCCGACGCCUCCGACUUCUCGCCCGCCUGGAGGGAGCUUCUCCCGGACGCUCCGCGCUGCGGCCUGGGAGCUCAACCCGCCGCCCGGCCUCCGCUCUUCGCCGCCCGCCGGCCCGAGCUGGGCGAAGCUUCCCUGCCGGCCGACGCGGCCUUCCGCAUCUGCGCCAUCCGGGAGACCUUCGAGGAGAGCGGGCUGCUGCUGGUGGUGCCCGCCGGGCAAGCCGCGGCUAGGACGGACGGCGCGGCCGCUUUGCUGUCCGCCCAGCGGUUGAUGCCGGCUGCCCGGUUGGAAGAGUGGCGGCGAAAGGUGCAAGGAGACCCCGGCAGCUUUUUGCAGCUCUGCCGCCUCUUGGGCUGCGUGCCCCACUUGCGGGCGUUGCACGAGUGGGGCAACUGGUUGACCCCCGUGCACCUAGCCGGGCCGGCCGGUCGCCGUUACGACACCGCUUUCUACCUGUGUUGCUGCCUCGGGGAGGAGCCGCCCGCCGCUUCCCACGACCGGCAGGAGGUGGCCGAUUGCAGGUGGUCAACCCCUUUAGAAGCUGUGGAACUUUUUAACUCUGGAGAAGUCUGUAUAGCACCACCUCAGCUCUAUGAGUUAUGUAGGCUCUGCCAUUUUUCAUCCCUUCGUGAUCUGGAGCGGUUUAGCUCAGAACGAGCUUUAGAAGGUUGUGAACGCUGGAUGUCAGUUAUAUUGAAGGCUUCAGAUGGCUACAUCCAAUUGUUGCCAGGUGACGAUUUAUAUCCAAAAGAUCCCGAUUUUACUGGCGAAAAGAAACCUAUGCUGACAACAAAUAAAAACAUUGAAGAACUAAUGAAAGAGGGAAGAAACCUUCACCGGCUAGUAAUACAAAACUUUAAUACAACUAUCCACAUGAAUAUUGAAUCCAAAUAUAAACAUAUCAAUCCAGUUAUACUGGACUCUAAAAUGUGAAAUAAUGCAGAUUGCAACAGUCAGUUGUAGUAUUUCUCAUACUGGAAUUACUAAAUUUCGAGAGAUGUUGGAAUAACAAUGAAUUAAUAGCACUCUGCCAUUUUAUGGACAUACCUCAAUACGUAUGAAAAUUAUUUCAGUUUCAAGUUGGGUCAAUCAGUGUAAUUAUUCUUGUGCCAAUUCUGGAAUAGAGAUCUAUCUUCUAAUAACCCAAAUUUAAUUUAUUUGUUAAUUUAUUUCAGAUGUCCCUGUUUACCGAUAGAUCAUUUGCCAAAAUUAAAAAGAACUGAACACUUUGAAUGUAUGUUACAGUAUAUUUCUCUCUACCUGGAAAUCGUACUCAAAAUAAGUGCAUUGCAGAUUGUAAAUGCAUAUAUUCAGAACUACUUCUGGGAAGCACUGUUUUAGAUUAACUUGUUUAUGCUGAAAUGUCACCUGUUGUGCCUUUACAUUAACUGUGUUAUGUAACCCUAACAAGUGUCUGUUAAAAAUAAAUACUUUUAAGCAGUA